AUGGAACGUCGCACCUUGGUUCAUGCACAUCCCUUCAUUGACGUCUUAGGUGAAGAGGCUGGAGCUAGUAUAUACGGUCCGAUCCUGCCCCAGUUGGUAGGUUCCCCACCAUCUGGAGAUAAACCCGUCAAUUAUGUUGUGCUGCUCCCAGUAUCAACUGAGCUCAGACCGUGCCAAUUCUGGCAGUACAGCAUCAAUUUCGGAUAG